AUGGACGUGCACAUGGAAACUCUCACUGCCGCGGAGCUCAAGGCCCUCCUUCCGGCGUUGUCGACGUGGCGCGACACGUACGUGCCCACCAGCGAGUGGAACGCGUACAACCACACGGGGUCAACCAGCACGGCUCCUUUGUACGCGAGGAGCAUGGAGGGCGAGAAAGUACGUUUGGAGUACACUGACAAAACGGGCCGGGCUCAGACACACAUACUGAAUCAGUGCCCGCAGCACGCUCGAGAUAGCACGGCGCCGUUGCUCGAGUUCCUGCACCCCCCUUGCGCAUUGCGCAUAAUUGCCGAUCAUGCGAACACCAUCGCCGGAGCCAAGGGAGCGGUGGCAAAGCUCAACGUGGUCCUCCAGCAACACCCCGGGCACCCAGCCGACCUGAUUGGCGACAGUUUCAAUCCUUGGAAGCUACAGAAGAAUAGACUCGCCAAGCUCCACGCAGCGAAAGCCGCGCGAGAGCUCAGAAAAAUUGCCGCCAACAGCAGAUGCUUCCUGAGCGCGCUCACGGAGCUCGGCCACAAAGGCGGCGCGGUACCGGCCCUGUUCGCGGCGUCCGCCGAAGAGAUGGAAGGGGUGCUCGCGGUUGCCGUGCUUCACGCCCAGAACGCCGCCGCCAUCCAGCUGUGGACCGUCCUGAUCCGGCAAGCUGGAGCCACGCGCGUGAAGGCUUUCCAGGAGCACAAAGCCGCGACUCUUGCUAAGUUCAACCACGACGUGGUGCGGCGGGUGUACUCAUUCUGUGAGCAGGCCACCCUCACGAAUUACGGCGCGCAGUUCUCCUUUUGCGAAGAGUCGCAAUUGCUGGCUCGGCUCGGGGGCGCUGCAGCAGAAGAGGACGCAGAGGCCGGGAGUGACUGGGAGAACGUGGCAGCCGGCGACGAGCACGAGGUCGACGAGGCCGCUGCUGCUGGCGGCGCCUGA